AUGGAUACACCAGAUCGUUCAAUGAUAGAGGUUGGUGAUACACCUUCCAUUAGAACUGAACUGGGCUUAAAUGAUCACACAGCUUCAGCAAAACAUAGAGGAACUACCAACCACAACACUGGAGACCGCAAUAAAAACAAAAGUACCAGUUCAUUAGAAAGAUUAAUAAACUCUGGUUCUUAUAUUGACCACAGAGUACACAACGAUUUGGCUCAUUUACACUCUUCACCUGCAAGGUCUAGACGCAGAUCAACAAAUGGAAACGUUUUCAAGAGAAGCAGCACCACGGGCAAGAGAAGUGGUAAUGGCAACGAUGAUAACAACAACGCCAACAGCAAUAGCAACAGUGACAGCAACCGAUUUACCCCCAGAGGACCUACCCAUUACUCAACUGCACCUACUUUACCACUAACCAAUAGAAACUUGCAGCUGUUAUUGAGAAGCUCGUCAUCAUCAGGUGGUGGUGGUGGAGCUAUAGAUGAAGAGCAAGAGGCUCAAUCACCAACUGCCAUUGCUGUUGAUAUGGAUCAGUUUGCCCACGAACAAAGACAACUUGCAAGGUCUCAGUCUUGGAAUAACCCCUUUGGAAGGGACGACGCCAAUUUAAGCCCAGGCUCACCUGGUCAUUACGCCAAUAUCGACUACAACGUGGAUGGUGAUGACGCAUUUUCAGUGAAUUCGAUGGAGUUCGGUGAAUCCAAUCCAUCAUCAGAUCACUCAAGUGAUUCUACUUCGUUGGACGACGUGUGUUAUUACGAUUAUGACCGAGAGGACGAAAAGAGAGACGAAUGGCCCAAUUUACAAGUUAUGGAAGAAUACGUUGUUGAAGAGUUGGAAGAAAUGGAAAAGGAAAAAGAUCACGAGCGAGAGAUUGAUCAAGUUAUUCAAUCAGUAAAUUUUGGGAAAGAUGUGGUUCAUGAUGGUAAAAGGAGAUCUUCACAGAUUAAUAAAUACUCUCCACCUAGACCACAACCACCAGUAGCUUUACCUGAAGAGGCACUAGACGAGGCAGCAGUUGAUGAGAACACACCACUUGUGGACAACUACAAAGUUAAUGAGAUUGAAUCAUUGGACUCACUCAAUGAUUCUUUUAGAAUUCGACCAACACCGACACAACCGUGGGAGAAAUCAAAGGACCAGAUCCCAACCAUUUUGAACAAGAGACAGAUGCUGUCGCAAACCCAAAGAACAUUGCGUGGACAAAAGAAGGGAGAAUUGUGUCGAUUCACAUACUUUAGAGAAGAUUUACCUGAAACUAUACACGCACCAACAAUAUGUGGAUUGCUAAGUGAUGAUCCGGAAGUCUCUAUUCAUGAUAGAUUAGUUGAGCUUUUUAGACCAUGGGAAAAAACACCAGUGAGUGAGUCUACUUCAACUCAACAUGCUACUCACAAGCAACAGGAUUCCUUAUCCUCAAGUAACAAUAACUUGCAACCUACAACUAAAUCGACAAGAUUGGGCAAUGAGAGUCCAAUCCCUGCUUCCAGUGGCGAUUCAACGAGUGUAGAACCUUAUUGGCUUGACAUUUUAGACCCAACCGAAGAAGAAAUGAAGGUGAUUUCAAGAACUUUUGGUAUUCAUCCUUUGACUACGGAGGAUAUAUUCCUUGGUGAAGCUAGAGAAAAAGUUGAGUUGUUUAAAAACUAUUACUUUAUAUGUUUCACCUCCUUUGAUGUGGUUUAUGAACGCCGUAAACAAAAAGCCAAGGAACAAGAAAAGAGAUACAACAAGUUGCAAGAAAUGUAUGAGAAUAGCUCCGAUGGCUCAAGCUUGUAUGGUCAGCAUCAAAAGAAUGGAUUGGUUUCAAAAAUGACUCGUUUGUUUGGAUCCUUCUUGAAGAAGAAAAAGAAACCACCUUCAAUUCAUGAAAAACCCAUAUCCACCUCGGUUAGAUCACGCAACAAGAAAGUUAGAGAAGGUGAAUUGCUGCCUUUGAACAUGUACAUCAUUGUGUUCAAACACGCUGUCAUCACAUUCCAUUUCUCAGCUACUCCCCAUCCUAUAAAUGUGAGAAGAAGAGCCAGGAUGUUGAAGGAUUACUUGACCGUGUCUUCAGAUUGGAUUUGUUAUGCAUUGAUUGAUGACAUAACCGAUUCAUUUGCUCCCAUGAUUGAAACUAUUGAAACUGAAGUCAAUUCAAUCGAAGAUGCCAUAUUGCGUAUGCAUUCGGGUGAGCAUGAAGAUUCUGACGAUUCUGACUCUGAAGAUGAAGUUUCAACACAUGAACACCAACGCAGUCAUUCUCGUCGUCAUCACAAAUUAUUACAAGAACCACAUGAAAAUGUAUUUGUUUGGCGCAAACGAUCCAAGUCUACCGUUGAUGCCAACAAUACUGGAUUCUUACGGUCUUCCAACACUAAAACAAAAUCCAAAUCAAGCUCAUCUUCUUCAUCUACUUCCGAUACCGGAUCAUCACGUAUUCUAGGUUGGAGACGUAAAGGUGAUAUGUUGCGUCGUAUUGGAGAAUGCCGUAAACGUGUCAUGUCAGUCCUUCGUCUCCUAAGCUCAAAAGCUGAUGUCAUCAAGGGGUUCAGCAAAAGGUUCAAUGACCUCGACAAUAGCUCAAUUGAUCGUCAUCAACUGGAAAUUGCCAUGUAUUUGGGUGACAUUCAGGACCAUAUUGUCACCAUGAUAGGAGCGUUGAACCACUAUGAGAAAUUGCUUGCUCGUUUCCAUUCCAAUUAUCUUGCUCAGAUUAAUAUCGAUAUGACAAAAGUCAACAAUGACACUAAUGACAUUUUGGGUAAGGUGACGAUAUUGGGUACGAUUGUACUUCCUAUUAAUGUGGUUACUGGCCUUUGGGGUAUGAACUGUCUUGUUCCUGGACAAGAUUAUGACGGAUUGGCUUGGUUUUGGUGUAUAAUUGGAGGCAUGGUGUUGUUUAGUGUUGUCGCUUAUAACUAUGCCAAAAGAGUUACUGGGUUAUAG